UUGGAAACGUCCUUUGAAAACAUUAGCUUUUCAAACCAAAACCAAACGGUGAAGGGACCAAGCACCCAAGAGAAAACACCCUCAAAGGAAGGAACAAAAGCAAGCUGAGAAAGUCGGAACAAUGGACCUGGAUGAUGGCAACAACUCGGACCAGCCGCGUCCGAAGCAGCGCAGACGUCGUCGUCGCUCUUCGGCACGGUUCCUUAGGUUGACUGGUCGGUUGAUGGAAGACAUUGAUGAAGUGGAGGAAGAAGCCGAAGAAGACAAUGUCGUCGAGUCCGAUCAGCAUCUGGGUGACAUGUACAAGCGAGCCAUUCGGAUGAAUGCCGAAAAUCGCAUCAAUGCCAGCAAUAGUUGGAAUCUGCGUUUGAUUGAGAAUAUCGACAAGUUUCUAGGUGAAGAUCAAGAAGAGAAAACAGCCGACAUUGACGAAGAGAACGUGGACCCCAACGUCCCCACCACUUCACGGAACAAGGAGAAACGUGUGAAUUUCACCAAGGCGAGUUGCACUCUAGAUGCCUCGGUCAAAAUCUACUCGUACCGUGUGGAUGAUGUUCAUUUGUCUUCCUACAAGGUACUCGCCAAUCUCAACAGAACUGAAAACGAGGAGUCCUCCAAAAACAAGAAGAAGCAAUCCAACCAAUCGGAAGCCACGCAGUCCAACAGCGACAGUGCUGAAGAUGACAAUGAUCAAGAGGCUGCAUCAUCAGGCCGAUCCAAUAAAAGCUCUGGUAGCACGUUGGAGACCAAUGUUGCGAAUAUCAACAUGAACAAGCACGAUUCUGCAUUUGACAUCGAUCCCUUGUUUCACAAAAUGUCCAAAACAUUUGACGAAGGUGGCGCAAAGGGUCUGCUCUUGGUCAACUUGGGCGUGGGCGACAAUGGAUGCAACAUUGUCUUUGACUCCAAAGCAGAAUCCAACGAAGAUGGAGCCGAACAGGACUCUUCGGCCUCUGAUGAUCAACAAGAAUCCACAAGGCAAGAAGGAAUGGUCGACAUUUCUUCACUUGUUGGAAAGCUACGUGACAUUGAGGAGACAACUUCAACAUCCAUCGAGUCCAUGACUUUGGUGCCUCAAUUGGCUUUCUUGAGGGAACAGUUUGCCGAGCUCAAGCAAGAGGGAUUCGUAGACACAACAAACAAAGCAUCCAGGCGGUACGCAAGUACACAGGAGGAGGAAAAUGAAGCCGACAUGUCCAUUCACCAGGAAGCCAUGGAACGAAGCAGGCGUUCCAGCAUGGGGCGUUCCUUUGCAACGGAGGAGGAGCAGGACGACGACGACGGAGCCCCAAUGUUUGCACCUGAUGACUUUGGUGGUGGAGAUGAUGAUGACGACGACGAUCAUGAAGAUGGCGUAGGAUUUGAGCCUUUUAUACACCUCGAUGAAAGCCAAAGCGAAGGACGAUUCUCAGCCCUCAGCUUUCGAGACUCCUACAGUUCUACCAGCCAACAGGAUAAGAGGCAGUCCCAAGCAGACGUUAUGCUUGAUGCGAUUUGUUCUGGAAAGAGCUUGGGGGCUGGAGAGUACGAGUUCUUUGAUACGCAAGCUUUGGAAACGUCCAUGUCGGGCAACCUUUGGGCUGGUUCAGCACACUGGAAACGAACCGAGCCAGCUCGUAAGAGAAAAGAAGACACGGCAACGAAAGGGAAGAAGAAGAAAACUACGAAAUCCAAGAAAGGCAAGAAGAAAAACGACAACUUCGCUGUAGACCUGACAGCUAAGGUUGUCGUGGAAGAUCUGCUGCGAAAACCACCCAAGGGAAAGCGAGGAUCCAAUCCCUUGCAGCUUUCGAAAGCAGUUGUUACCAAGCACACCAAGAUCGACAAUCUACUACCUCCUGACUCGGGAAUCGGCAUCGACACUCUUGCUGGACUGUUUCUCAGGCCAAACACUGUCAUGCAACCUGCUGUUUCCAACGAUAGCAGCAAAGGAUCCAAACCGCGCAAGUCGGUGUGUUUUGACACAACAGCCAACGAAAUGUUUGGAGGCAUGGCUAUGGACGACGACGACGGAUUUGGUGAUGGUGACGACGACGGUGGUGGCUUUGUCUUUGCAGACGAUGCCAACGAUGACGAUGACUUUGUGUCCGAAGAGCUCAAGCGGAUUAGAAAAGUCGAUACCAAGAGUGUCCAAGUGGGUUAUGCUACGAUAGCCAAGAAAGUGGAUGUGCGUCGUCUCAAGCGCGACCUAUGGACUGAGAUUGAGACGCAGAUUGAUCCCAAUGAAACCGCAGACAGGGAAUCCAUGGAAGUGUCUUCGCUGCAGGAUGGGUUGUCGUUCCAAGAAGCGGUCAAUGACCUGGAGGAAUCAAAGACACAAGGUGACGUUACUCUUCCGUUCUAUUUUAUCUGCGUUCUUCAUUUGGCAAAUGAGAAAGGCCUUCGCCUCGAGUCUUCUGGAUUGAAUGAUUUUGUCAUCCACAAUGAUGCCGACGUCACGAAACCAUCAGUUUAGUGGGUGCUUGGCGGGGCAACGACGACUGUCGCCUUCGGUGAGUGCCUGGCCUGGCAAUUGUGAUGGGGUGUAGAAAGUACUAGUAGAUACUAGAAGGCCAGCAGGUAGCGUAAAGUAUAGUGCUGGAUUGGUUCUUUGUUCUUCCCCGUGCAACCACCAGGUACGGUACUACGUACAGUAGUCAAAGCAAUCAUUGUCUACACAAAUUAGGAUCACAACCAACAGCCUGAGAAAGUACCAGUAUGUACCGGUCCCUUCAUCGUUACUCCUCCGUCAAAACAAUCAUUUGUCGCG